AUGAAUUGGAAGGGCGAAAUGCCCAGGAAGAAAUGGAGGAAGACGCCGCACCUCAGGAGCCAGAAUUUGAUGAAGAGGCAGAGCACGGAGGAACCAGUUGAGUCAGUCUGCGAAUUCGUCCUAAAGACGAAGACGGUCCUUGCAAUUCAGGAAUCUUUGGCUACGGCGACGCCGGAUGAGUUUCACUUAGGGAUUUCCGGAGUAGCUCCGAAGGAGUUGCAAGUGCCACAGGCAGAACCAUACACGAUGGUUCCAAGAACAAAGAAAUAA